CAAGAUGCUGAUACUAUACAACAAAGCGUAGUCUACCUCCUUUUGUAGAACGAACUGGUAAUACCUCAGGAGGUCACAGUGUACUUCAAGUAUUCCAAAGUUCAGGAAAGCCGUUGGAAUUUGUGAGCUGAUUACUCACUUUUACAAGCUGCAGCAACAAGACGAUUUUACUUCUUUCAGCUUUUUAAGCUUUUUUAAGGGCUCUCUCUGGACCAGUUUGCCAGUGUUUUUUUUGAACUGGUGUCUUAAUUAUUUUAAUGGAGGAUGCUACAGUAACCAACACAGUCACUGUGCAUUCUUUUUCUACAUUUGUGUAAUUAGAGAAGACAAAUUCAGCAGGUGCUGGAACAAAAUUCUGAGGGAAACAAUAUUUAGUUCCAUUAACAUUAAGUCACCUUCUCGUGUCCUGGUUGUACAAAACCAUGGGGUUUGGUGACCUCCUUGAACAGGUGGGCAGCACUGGCCGCUUCCAAAUCCUGCACGUAAUCCUCCUUUGCACACCUAUCCUGAUGAUGGCCAGUCACAACCUGCUGCAAAACUUUGUGGCUGCGGUGCCUCCUCACUACUGUAGCGCUCACUCAAACCUCUCGCAGUCCCAGCUGAGCCCAGAGGAAACUUUGCGGAUCACGGUACCACAAGACCAAACAGGGAAACCGCAUAGGUGCCAGCGGUAUGCUGUUCCACAGUGGCACCUCCUGGCUAAUAAUGAGACCUCCAAUUUAGGGAAGCAGGGAAAGAUGCAGGAUGAUGUGGAUGCUGAACUGCAAGGAUGCAUAGAUGGAUGGACGUAUAACAUGACUGAGAUGAGCUCCACAAUCAUAUCUGAUUGGCAUUUAGUGUGUAACCUGCGCUCCUUGAAGCAAAUGGGACAAACCAUCUAUAUGGGAGGGGUGCUUCUGGGAGCUCCUCUCUUGGGAGGCCUUGCAGACAAAUACGGCCGACGCGCUCUUCUGCUUGUGUCUUACCUGCUGAUGGCGAUCUCUGGAACCUGUACAGCGUUCUCGACCUCCUUCCCCCUCUUCUGCUUGUUCCGAUUUGGCUGUGGCAUGGCUCUGUCUGGUGUGGUACUCAACAGCUUCUCUCUCAUUGUCGAGUGGAUCCCUACUCGUGUGCGAACUGUGGUGGGUACAAUAGUUGGCUACAGUUACACAGUGGGCCAGUUGAUCCUGGCGCUCACAGCCUACUUCAUCCGGGACUGGAGGUGGUUGACCCUGGCUGUGUCUUUGCCUUUCUAUGUGUUCUUCCUCUACGCAUGGUGGUUUCAUGAAUCUGCAAGAUGGUUAGCCUUAAGGAACGAGUCCGAUAAAGCUAUCAGGAAACUUAAAAGUGUGGCUCGAUUUAACGGCCGACGUGAAGAGGGAGAAAAAAUUGACACUGAGAUGCUCCAGGAGUCCAUGAAGAAUGAGCUGUCCUGUUCAAAGGGCUCCUACACUGCCUUGGAUCUGUUUCGUACACCCCACAUGAGGAGGAUGACAGUGUGUCUGUGCGCUGUCUGGUUAUCAACCAGCUUUGCCUACUAUGGCCUUUCCAUGGAUCUGCAAAAGUUCGGAGUGGACAUGUACUUAAUACAAGUGAUCUUCGGAGCGGUUGACAUUCCGUCUAAAAUUAUCAUAAAUGUGACUAUGAGUUAUAUUGGACGCCGGCCGUCGCAGUGUGGUGCUCUUAUCAUUGCUGGAAUCACUGUCUUGAUCAACCUGCUGGUACCUUAUGAUAAACAGACCGUACGCACUUGUCUGGCUGUAGUGGGUAAAGGUUGUCUUGCUGCAUCCUUCAACUGCUGUUACCUUUACUCUGGAGAACUGUACCCAACCAUCAUUCGUCAGAACGGCAUGGGAUGGGUGUCCGUGAUGGCACGUGUAGGAGCUAUGGUGGCCCCCAUGGUGCUUCUCACAGGGGAAUACAUACCUUGGCUACCAGGUUUGAUCUAUGGAGGGGUGCCAAUCCUCAGUGGGGUCGCUGCUAUCUUUCUUCCAGAAACACUUGGCAUACCCCUCCCUGACACAAUACAAGAUGUGGAGGACAGGGGAUCUGGGAAAAGCUCCAAAAUGUCACCAAAGGAAACAAUAAUCUUGGAAGACACCCAGGCAAACCUCCUAAAGCCUGUUGCCUGAGGGCAUUUGUGCUGUACUUCUGAUGUUCUUGUACUCCACAUGUUAAUGAAAGUAGAGUGAGUACUGCUUUCAUCUCUUCUCUGUUCAUUUGAUUUCCACAAAGUCUUUGCUUUGCCUUACGAUUGCUGGACAAAUGCUGUGAAUUUAUUGUUUUUCUUCUGUACAAAUUUGUUAUAUUACAUACAGAACAACACCGUGAAAAGAAUACUGUGGACAAUCAGACUUGUUUAUCUGAAAGUCAGUAGUUUUAGGGACUUUAAUCUUACUUUGUAGUUGUUUUUUUUUUUUAUUUUGAAUAUGCAGAAGACCAUGCUUUCACAGGCAUUUUUUAUUACUUUAUAUUACAAGUCUGUAUUUGAAAACAAGGACUAUAUUUUCAGUUAAAUCAAAACUUCUCAUAAUCCUAUUUAAACCUGUCUUUUUUUUUUUAAAUGGACUUUUGAACACAAAUACUAGCAAAGCUUGUUUGAGUGUAUUUUAUUUGGCUUGAGUCAUUGUCAGCUGAAUUAACUAAAACAAGUCAGAACAAGAAAUCAAGGAUUUCAAUUUAAAUAAAAGCAGCAGGAGGAGCCACCCAACAGAAGGUACUAAGUACUAAACAGUAGGAAACAGUUUUUUACCGCCUCAGCCUGAACUUAUGCAUCAUGAAAAUAAAAAAUGUGUACUCCAACCUGAUGUCAGCAGAUUUCCCAUGAUUAAUGUGAAAAUGACCCCCACCCUUUAAAAAUGAACUAUUCUACCCAAUGUUUGCGAGACAGAUCAGUGUUUGUGACAGAAACUUUAGAUGGGUCACAGAAUUUUGUUUUUACUCUUCAUAAGCUGUGCUGCAGCAAACAUCACACUUUGUCAGAUUUUGAAAAAUUAUUUCACAGCCCACAUUGUGAAUUUGUUUUUUUUAUUUUCAUCAUGUUGCACACUCUGGAUUCAACACAGCUCUCUCUAAUCGUUACAGUUACUCUCCAGAAGGGCGCCUUUGCAGUAUACAUACUGUUUUUUUUUUAAACCGUAUUUCAUGGUCUUCUUAUAAUUUUCCAGGAACUGACAUCAGUAUUUGCGUUUUGGGUUUUUUUUUUUUUUUUUUCUAUUGUUUCGGUUAAUGGAAGAAAACCACUGUUGCAGACUAACCACUCACACCAAGCAAAAGAUAAACUCUUGUGAUUUAGAAAUUUCUGCAUCUUGCUGUUGUGACACCAUCUAGUGGUGGAUAUAUGCCAAUGCAGGAGAUGAAGUUAACGUCAACGGACCGUCUGUACAUCUUCAUCCUAUUAAAAUAAUGGCCUGUCAUUUUUUUUAAACAAAAGUUUUAUUUUUGCCUAAAUCAUCAUAUUUUCAGUGUUUGAUUCAGGUUUUUUUGUCUUUUCUGAAAUACAUGAAAGGCCGUUAUUUUACGAUGGUGAAGAUAUGACAAACAAAGGGGGUAAACUAAAGGUAACAUGUGACAUGAAGUCUUAGCCAGAGCGAGCCUUUUGUCUUUAAAGAUUUAAAUAAUUUCUCAAAAGAUCCGUCUUCACCCUGACAUUUAUCAGAGGAGAGACGAUAAUGCUGGAGGAAAAAAAAAAUCCAGAUUUACAAUAAAUAGAUCCUCAAAAAUGUAUGUUUUCAAUUUAAGGAUCACCCCAUACUUUCCCCUUUGAAAUACUUAUCAUUCUACAAUAUCCAGCUCUUACACAAGAAACAUGUUUUUAUGUGUGUCUGGCACAAACUGCAUGAGCCAUCACUUUAGAGAGUGAAACUGCUAUCGAGAACAGUUUGGUUAUAAUAUAUAAACCCACAAUCACUGUAUUAAACAGAUUUUAUUUCACUGUCAGGUUUUAUGUGUGCACUCCUGAGACACACUGUGUACCUUGUGCAUGCCAGACGAGUCCAACCCUAAGCCAAGAAAAAAAAAAAAAAAAAAA